AUGGGAUCCAUCUCCACCACUGUCCCCAAAGCCAUGGUCAAUUCCCUGUGGGACACCAGGGCCAUCUCCUAUGCAGGAUUUGCUGCACAGAUCUUACUGCUUCCUUUCUUCAUCACAGCAGAGUGUUGUCUCCUCACCAUCAUGGCCUACGACCGCUACGUGGCCAUCUGCAAUGUUGUGGACCAGCUCUUCUGUGAAAUCCCCCAGAUCCUCAAGCUCUCCUGCUCAGACUCCCACAUGAGAGAAGCUGGGCUUCUUGUGGCUAGUGGAUGUUUAGCCUUUGGGUGUUUUGUUUUCAUUGUGCUGUCCUAUGGGCAGAUCUUCAGGGCCGUGCUGAGGAUCCCCUCUCAGCAGGGACAGCACAAAGUCUUUUCCACGUGCCUCCCUCACUUGGUUGUGGUCUCCUUGUUUGUCAGCACUGGCAUGUUUUCCUACCUGAAGCCCCCCUCCAUCUCCUCCCCAUCCCUGGAUCUGUUUGUGACUGUGCUGUAUGUGGUGGUGCCUCCAGCACUGAACCCCCUCAUCUACGGCAUGAGGAACAAGAUGCUCAACGAAGCUCUGCAGACAAUACUGGAACAAAUGCUAGUUCAAGACCACUAA